AUGAACCCUCUCGUCCGCCUCGAUGACUGCCUCUGGUCGUCUCUGCACUUCGUCAUCCUCAAUAUCCCUCCCUCCCGUCUCCCGCUGUUUCCCUGUCUAGCGGGUUUGGUCUGGCUCGCGACGCUAUCGGGCUUACUCCUAUCAUGGAUCACGCAUGGAAUGCCUCGCUAUCCGGGGCAGAUGUAUCCGAUUGCGUUCAUUUCAGAUAUUGCUUCUUUCGAAUUGAAACCGUUGUUCCUCGUCGGGUCGACGAUAACCGCCGUGUGCUUCGUGAUCACCGUCGCUGCGGUGCAUGUCAUGCGUUAUGAGCCUGGAUUUGCGCUGUUGAAGGCUGCGGGACAUCCGAGGAUUCAUCGCCAGCCUGAAUAUAACCGUGCGCAUAGCACCGACGAUAUGAACGACAAUUCAUACGGAACCACUAAUGACAGCAACUCCAAUAAUACCAGUGAUAAUGACAAUAAUGACAACGACAAUGGCAACGGCCACGAGCAUUCAAACUCAAACGAGGUGGACGACGACGACGAAGAAGACACAAAUAUCACAAAAACCCUCCGCUUUAUCUCGCUCCUCUCCGUCUUCGCAGCGUCCACAGCCAGCAUCGCCCUUAUAUUGCUCAGCAUCAUGGAUACCUUCCGCUACCACUCCGUGCAUUACUUCUUCCUGCAAAUGUGCUUUUCAGGCCUGGCGCUGCAGGCUGCGGGGACGGCGGUUGUGUAUGCAAAUGAGGUAGUCGGGUUUGUGUCGUUUUUGUGUAAUCGGGGACAGUGGAUUCAUGAUUGGGGAAAGAGGAGCAUUACUGUGAGGGUUUUUGCGUCACUAUCAACUGCAGUAAUCCUGGUAGAGGUCUUCCUUUGCAUGACUUUCAUUUUUAUUACGGCACCGGAGCGAGUCAAUGCGUAUCGCAAGGCUGCGAUCUUGGAAUGGGUUAUUGCGUUUCUGGGGACUAUUUAUUUAUGGUUAUUUGGGGGGUUCUUCUUGGAUAGAAACUUAUCACCGGAGAACUUGCCCAAACCAUUCCGAAGGGAAAUGCACGAGCCGGAUCCAGAACACACACCAUUAAUUGGGAAUACUUCUCAGGGAGAGACAUAG